AUGCUCUCUCAACGGCUCACGCGAUGGACUUCUCGGGCCCUUUUGACCCGCGCUAGGGUACCGCUCGCCCGCCCUGCCGUCUCCCAAGUCCAAGUGCGCCAUCGGCUGUGCUCUUCUUGCGCCAGCGCGAACCCCGUCCCAGCGAAGCCGGAAGCGCCCGAUCAUCGCGACCUCGGAACACAGCAGGAGCUGUUUAUGACCUCGAUUUAUAGCCCUGGAUCGCCCAUCUUCCUGCCCAAUGGCGCUCGCAUUUUCAACCGUCUUGUCGAAUACCUCCGCAAGCAAUACGUCCACUAUGGCUUCCAAGAAGUCAUCACCCCGACCAUCUACAAGAAGGCGCUCUGGGCCAAGUCGGGCCAUCUCGAAAACUACGCCGACGACAUGUUCACCGUUACGAGCACAUCACCAUCGCGCGCCGAUGUUACCGAGGCCGGCGAGGUCGACGAAUACGGACUCAAGCCUAUGAACUGCCCGGGCCACUGCCUGAUUUUCGCAGCGCAGAAACGAAGCUAUCGCGACCUCCCCAUUCGCUACGCCGACUUCAGCCCCCUCCACCGUAACGAGAUCUCCGGCGCAUUGAGCGGCCUAACCCGUGUUCGCCGAUUCCACCAAGACGAUGGUCAUAUUUUCUGCCGGCCGAACCAGAUCGAGGACGAAAUCAGCAAGACCCUCGAGUUUAUUCGGCGCGUAUACAAGGACUUCCGCCUGGGAUCGUAUCGCUUGAAGCUUUCCACAAGGCCGGAAAACUAUAUGGGCAGUCUGGAGGACUGGGAGCAUGCGGAAGGAUCUCUAAAGCGAGCGUUGGAUACUUCGGGGGAGCCAUGGACCUUGAACGAGGGAGAUGGUGCCUUUUACGGGCCCAAGAUCGACGUAAUCCUCAAGGACUCGGACGGAAAGGAACAUCAGACAGCCACGAUUCAGCUCGACUUCCAGCUGCCCAAGCGGUUUGAGCUCGAGUACCAGGCACCAGCUCCUGAACUGGAAGCCAAGGGCGAGACGACGACGGAUCCCGAACUCCUUGCUGUGUCUGGACCCGUGAGACCUGUAAUGAUCCACCGGGCUGUUUUGGGCUCGGCGGAGCGCAUGUUCGCUUUGCUGAUUGAGCACUUUAAUGGCAAAUGGCCAUUCUGGCUUAACCCUAGACAGGCCAUUGUGCUCACCGUAAACGACAGUGAGCCGGUGUUGCAGUUCGCCCGCAAGACCCAGAGAGUGUUGCUAGGCACAGACUCUGCAGAUUCUCACGUAUCCCCGUCGGGCCUUGCUAUCGACCUUGAUGAUAGUGCGCGCAGUCUGUCGCUCAAGAUUCGCGAGGCCAAGACCAGGGGCUAUGGUAUGGUCAUCGUUGUUGGCCCCAAGGAUGUUGCCAAUGGUACUGUCGCGGUUGAUGCUACCGGAGGUCUUCACACUGGCGACAAGCCGGCGCAGAAGAACCUCGUCAUGGCGCCCGAGGAGCUGCUGCAAUUUAUGAAGGCCAAGGUAGAUGCAUACGAAUGA